AUGGUAUCUACACCGCCAGAAAAAUCCAAUAUCCGGCCGAGAAUCUAUCUUCGUGAUUUUAAUGCUACCUUAAUUUGCUCCGUUGCCCUGCUUUUCUUCUCGGCCUUGAGUUACGGGUUCAGUGAUCAGUCAUUCGCUUCGACACAGGCUACUUUUGCGUUUAAAAAGCAGUUCGGCGACUAUAAGCCCAAGGAAAAAACAUAUGCUUUGCCGGCUUUGUAUCUGAGUCUUUUGAAUAGCUUAAAAGCGGGGACUCAGCUCGUUGGUGUCAUCAUCGGAAACUUUAUCAGCAAGCACUAUGGUCGACGAUGGUGUAUCUUCGUUAUGAGUCUAUAUUCCCUGGGGAGUGUGUCGGUUAUUGUAUCCGGUACCAGCCGCGGGCAAAUGCUUGCGGGCAGGAGUAUCCAUUAUAUCUACUUGGGAAUGCAACUGGCCGUCAUUCCGACUUUCCUAGCUGAGAUCUCUCCCACGCACCUUCGAGGUGGAACAGGGGCUCUCUAUUGGCUGAGUAUAAAGUGUGGUGGACUAUUAGUCACUGGUAUCGUCAGGGCUACUUCGACGAACAAAUCCAAUAUCGCCUGGCAACUUCCGAUAGGAUUGAUCUUAACCUUCCCCUUUUUGGUGGCUGCUCUCGUGUGGUUCAUUCCUGAGUCCCCUCGCUGGCUGCUGCUAGUUGAUCGACAUGACGAGGCUCUAGCAGCACUCACCCGACUCCGCCAAACCCGCGCAGAAAAACGAAACAAAGUCCCCAUAUCAACCGAGAUCCUAGUGGAGUUUACAGGCCUCACCGGAACAGUUGAAGGUAUAAAAACGGCUCGAUGCGAGAAGGGGGGAUCUCGAAUUCGACAAUUCUUCUCCAUCUUUAACCGCUCCAACUUUCGUCGUACCUUCAUCGUUGUUUUCCUUCUCUUCUUUCAGCAGUCUACGGGGCAAUCAUUCGCCUCACAAUACAGUACCCUCUUUGUCCAGGCCUUGAACACUGUCAACCCAUUCAGCGUAACCCUCGGCACCAACGCCGUCGAUAUCGGGGGUAUUCUUUGUUGCAUUCUUCUCGCAGACCGACUGGGCCGCAAACCAGUUCUCAUAAUCUCGGCUGUCCUUCAGACUGCCGCUUUGCUUACGAUGGGCGGCUUGGGCACGACAGACCCUUCGACUUCAGCAGACUCCGAUUCUAUCAAGGCUGGUAUUGUGGCUAUGCUUCUCCUUUUCUCUUUCGGUUGGUCUUUUGGAUAUGCGCCUCUGGCAUAUGUCGUAGCUGCCGAACUACCUUCUCCAUAUCUCCGGGAGUAUACGCUGAACGUGGCCUAUACAGUGAAAUUAACCAUGGAAUUCGUUGUAUCAUUCACCUAUUCGUACCUUGAAGACCCCGACAAGGCCAAUCUGGGUGGGAAACUCGGGUUCAUCUACGGCUCUAUAGCUUUUUUGGCGCUGAUAUUUAGUAUUCUGUUCGUGCCUGAGACGAAGAACAUCGAACUCGAGGAAAUGGAUGAAAGGUUUGGUGUGGCUGCAGAUAAUUCUAUACUGGAAAAAGGGACUACCGAAGACCCAAUAGAUGUCAAACGGUAG